GAUCAAAGUUGAAACCUCAAACGACCAUAGUUUCCGAAAUCGUGAAAAAUUAGGGUUAGGGUUUGUCGAUUUGACCUCGUCUCAGAAUCGGAGAUCGAAAGUAAAAUCCCCUAAGGCAACCGCGUUUCUCCAUGGCAACCAAAGCUCCGGCGACGACAGCGCAGCAGCAGGGCGGCGCCUCCGCGGCGAACAAGCCAGGGCUUCGGAAACCGGUGUUCGUGAAAGUCGAGAAUCUGAAGCCGGGCACGACUGGGCACACACUCACCGUCAAAAUAGUGAGCUCCAACACCGUUCUGAACAAGAAGCCGAGGAAUCCGACGUUUCGUGGGCCCCAGAAUCAGAGUACGAGAAUCGCCGAGUGUCUCAUCGGCGAUGAAACUGGGACCAUCCUCUUCACCGCUCGUAAUGAACAAGUUGAGCAGAUGCAGCCUGGUAAUACUGUGAUUCUUCGGAAUGCAAAAAUCGACAUGUUCAAGGGGUCUAUGAGGCUUAGCGUUGACAAGUGGGGCCGUGUUGAGGUUACAGAACCAGCAAAUUUUGUGGUCAAAGAGGACAACAAUCUUUCUCUAAUAGAGUACGAGUUGGUUAAUGUUGCCUAAAUAUCUUGAAAAAGCACCUGUGCAAUAUUUUGAUGGUAUUGGAAUUCAGUUUUACUUUUGUCACCGUUGGGUAUUGGUAUACAAAUUUCUCUGAUGAUAUUAUUUCUUCUUUUUCCGUUCAAGUUAAUUGACAUGUCGUGGGUUUAUUAAAAUUCUGGCUUCAAUGAUUGUUCUGUGAAAGAUAUUUUAUCACUUGAUUACACCGUGUGGUGCUUCUUGAUUCUCGAAUGUGGAGAAGUCGAAUAUCUGGGUUGGUUGGUUGACUAUAUAUCGUUUCAAUAUGGUCUCAACUUAUGGU